AUGGCGAGCGCCAUGGAAGGUAUUGCCUACCAGGAUGCUUCGACGUAUCAUCAAGACAUCCGUGAGGUGGCGCGUGAAUUCAGGGAGCAUGCUCAUGAAGACUUGGAAGAUGGCGAGGUGGAAGACGAUACGGGAGGUCUGAGUCCAAAGCGGCUGGAUCUUGCAUUUCACUUCGAGUCGACCAUGGUGUUGGAUGGGGUGAGGCCGGCCGGGGCAAACACACCAAACACGCCAAGCGAACCGGCGUUUCGUCGGGACAUGCGCGUGCCCGUGGGCCCGCGCAAGCUCUUGGAAGCUCGCAGGCGCCGCAACAAUUCCUGGCAGGCACAUUCGCGCCGCGUUCCCCAACCCUCCUACUACAGCAUCUACAAGGACUGGGACAAGGCCGGCGACUUCUACCGGCCCGCUCCGUCGCCCUCGACUAAGCACCGUCCCCGCUGUGCCCACUCCGAACUCCACGGAGACGACGACAUGGCUGACGGCCCUUCGCCGCGGCCGUCUGGUCGCUUCUACGACCGCGGCAACAAGCGCAAGCGCAGGUACAACGAUGACGAAUGGGAUGACCGCCGCGACGAACGCAGGCCUACGCGCCGCCGCAUGGAGGAGCCCAUCAUCGGCAAGAUGCGCAGGCAGCUGCUGACCAUUGCCGAGUCCCCCGCCAGGGACGCCGAGGACGAUGCGCGCGACAUUGCCCGCCUGGCCUCGGACAAUUACGAAGACGAGGAGGCCAAGGCCAGCUUCCUCCACCUGAUCAUCCAGCUGGUCACCGAGCAGCCGUUCAAGAUUCCUUUCUCUGCGGCUGUCGUUCUCUACAUCAACGACACGAAGCCUGAGCUGGCCAAGGAGGUGCUCAGCGAGACGCAGAAGAUCACGCAGGAGAAUCUGGAAGCGGGCAAUUGGAGGACCUUCAAGCUUCUGCUACGCUUCCUAGCGUGUCUCCAAGGCUUGUUCGAGGGCGACGGCGUUUUCACGAUCCUGGACGAGCUCUUCAGCAGGGCUGUGGACUUGCAAGCUGCUUCCACUGAAGAUACCGUCGGCCUUGAGCUCGUGAAAAUCAUUCUCCUUACGGUCCCCUACGUCAUCUCUACUGGUGCCCCUGGUGCCCAGGAGAGUGCCACGGCCAUUCUCGAGAAGACGGAAAUCGUAGCGUCCGCCUCGCACGUUUUGGAGGCCAUGGUCGAGCAGUUCCCGGGCGUUGCAGGAAACACCGAUGAGAGGCCGUACGGGUACCAGAGUGUGAUUUCAUUUCUGCAGAAGCAGCUCCAGAACGAGGCUGAGAAGGGCUGGAAGCUUUCGUUCAUCCCGAAGCCCUACAAGCCGGUCAAGAGGGAGAACGGCUCUGAAGAGGUCAAGGAACCGACCAAGUACGAGUUCCCGACCAUCAACGUCCCUUCACCCGUCAACCCAGGACCGCGGCCCCUCUUCCCCGAGUCGUACUUUUCCCUGUACGCCGAUCAGGAUGUUGAGACUGUGCCCAAGACCUCGGACAUUGCGGCGUCGUUGCUCCGUGAUUCGCUCGUCGACACCAUCAACAUUCUCGACUACAACCGUGUGGCCGUGGCUAAGUUCCUGAUCGAGAUUGACUGCUACUGGGCUCCGGACACGUUUGUCAAGCGCGGCACUCCUUUCGACAGGCUCAAGGAAACUGAAGAGCACGGAACAUGGAAGCCCGAGGAUGUGGCGGUCGAUGCAGUCUUCUCGCAGAUGUUCACGCUUCCCACUCCCGAGCACAAGCUUGUCUACUACCAUGCCAUCAUCACCGAAGCCUGCAAGCUGGCUCCUGGCGCCAUUGCCCCCAGUCUUGGCCGUGCUAUUCGGUUCCUGUUCCGCCAGGUGGAUGUUAUGGACAUGGAGCUUACUUACCGUUUCUUGGACUGGUUUGCUCACCACCUGAGCAAUUUCGACUUCCGCUGGAAGUGGACUGAGUGGAGUGAGGAGGCCGAGAUGCCUGACGUUCACCCGCGCAAGGCCUUCAUCAUCGGAGCUUUGGACAAGGAAAUCCGGCUGAGUUUCGCCAAGCGCAUCAGGGAGACGUUGCCCCCGGAGUGGCCCAACCUGAUUUCUGAGGCCAAGGAGAAGGAUACUCCCGACUUCAAGUAUGAGUCUGAUCAGACUCCCUACGCUCCGGAGGGUCGUGAACUUUUGUCGUUGCUUAAGAAGAAGGCACCGGAGGAUGAGAUUCAGGAGGUCAUCAACAAAAUUCACCAGCAGGCUGCAGAGCACAACGUUGCGGACGUGCUGGUCCCUUCGACGGAUGCUUACGUCACUUGCAUCUGCUACAUUGGAUCAAAAUCGCUCUCACACGUUCUGUCCUGCAUCGAGCGCUGCAAGGAGCGCCUUCUCGCCAUUGGCCCGGCCUCAGAGACGGCUCGCAGGCAGAUCAUCACCAGCGUGGCCGACUACUGGAAGGACCAGCCCGGCAUCGCUGUCAACAUUGUGGAUAAGCUGCUCAACUACACGAUCCUCUCGCCCAUGGGCGUCGUACAGUGGGCGCUCGGCGAUCGUCUUGGAGCCGGCGUCUCCCUUUCCGAGAGCUGGAUCUUCGAGAUGGUUGCCGGUACCGUGGGCAAGGUUACCAACCGUGUUCGUCAGAUCGUUUCUGCUCGGCUUCAGAAAGGCUUGCCGGAGGAGCAGCUGCAGCUGCUGGACGACACGCUGACCAAGGAGCGCGACGCCAUGAGACAACUUUUCCAGGUCAUCGACGACGUCACCACCGGUCUGGCUCAGGGCGCGGCUGACGGCUUCAUCGAGGCGGACGGCACCAAGGGCAUGGACGAGGAGAAGGGCAAGCUGAUCAAGGCUUGGGGCGAGCGCUGGUCCCGCGUCUUCAGGAGGAAGGCGGCGGUCGAGGAGGCCAUCGUCGGCGAGGCCAUAGUCGAAGCCAAGGUGGCCGCUCUGAACGCGGCGGUCGAGGCGGAGAAGGCGGCGGCGGAGAAGGCUGCUGCCGAGGCUGAGGCGGCGGCUGCGGAAACGGCGGCGGCAGAGGCGGAGGCUGCUAUCGAGGGCGCUAACGGCACGAGCGAGCUGAUGGCUGUGGAGGAGACUGCUCCGUAA